AUGGUGACUGUACCACACCCAUUCGAUCCCAUUUCCCCGGAGGAGAUUAAGCUUGCCGUGCGCAUUUUGGAAGCCACAUUCCCCGGUGUUCCUCUCCGCUACAAGCGCAUCGACAUCAAUGAGCCAAUCAAGAAAGAUGUAAUUCCAUACAUCGAAGCUGAGCGCUUACGGCGGCCUCUGCCUCCGCCACCGGCUCGUCUUAUUUACACGCUCUUCCACCGUCUUGAUAGCGGCGCAUUCUACAAGGCUAUCCUGAAUGCCAAUAAGCGCUCUAUUGUCUACGCGAAGGAACUUCCUCGCGAGCUGCAGGGACCCAUUGACACGGAUGAGAUCACCGAGAUUGAAGAACUUUGCAUGAGGCACCCCGCUGUUCUGGCCGAAAUCGAGAAAUUGCAGCUGCCUGCCGGAGUGACCGUCUGCAAUGAUCCUUGGAUGUAUGGCACUGACAAUGACCACGAAACUCGACGGCUCUUCCAGUGCUUCAUGUACCUGGUCGAAGUGGACCACCCCCAGAAUAACCAUUAUUCUCUGCCCCUCAAAUUUUCACCAGUGUUUGAUGGUCUUACGCAAGAACUUGUCCGCAUUGAUUAUCUGCCGGGUGGUGAUGGCCCUGAAUUCACUGAGACUCAACCCUGGAAACCCAUCAAGGCAAUUCAGUACGCUCAUGACCUGUUGGAUGAGCCCGUUCGAACGGAUCUUAAGCCGUAUAUUGUCCAGCAGCCCGAAGGCCCGUCUUACUCGGUGGAUGGUAACUCCAUCUACUGGCAGAAGUGGCGUUUCAGACUCGGUUUCAACAUCCGUGAAGGUCUCGUUCUAUACAACAUUACAUAUGAAAACCGUAAUGUGUUUUACCGUCUGUCUGUAUCGGAAAUGACGGUUCCAUAUGGAGAUCCUCGCGCGCCGUAUCAUCGCAAGCAAGCAUUUGAUGUUGGCGACACUGGCUUUGGUAUGAAUGCCAAUCAGCUGUCUCUUGGAUGUGACUGUCUUGGGCAUAUCAAAUACUUCGAUGGCUAUCGGAAUGAUUGCAAGGGAAACCCUGUGCAGUUGAAAAACGUGAUUUGCAUGCACGAGCAGGAUAAUGGCCUUCAGCAUAAGCACACCAAUUAUCGAUCCGGUGCCGCCACUGUUGUGCGCAACCGCCAAUUGGUUCUGCAAAUGAUUUGCACAGUUGCGAAUUACGAAUACAUUUUUGCCUACAUCUUUGAUCAGGCCGGAAAUGUGGAAUUGGAAGUCCGCGCUACUGGCAUUCUCUCGACUGUCCCAUUUGACAACGAGAAUGGUCAGACUGUCGCUUGGGGCACCAACGUGGGACCCGGAGUAAUGGCUCCUUUCCAUCAACACAUGUUCUCGUUCCGCAUCGACCCUGCCAUCGAUGGCUUCAAGAACACCGUGUACUACGAAGAUAGCGUGCCCAUGCCGGAAGACGACAACAACCCUUAUCUUGUGGGCUACACGACCCAGUCUACCGUGAUGAAGACCGCCAGCACGGCAAACACCAGCGUUGACCGUCACCGUACCUUCAAGAUUCGCAACGACAACGUUAAUAACCCAGUGACAUACAAGCCUGUGGCUUACAAGCUCCAAGCCGUUCCUAGCCAGAUGCUUCUGGUCAGCAAAAAUGCACCAGGAUACCGCCGUGCUGAGUUUGCUACCAAACCGAUCUGGGUCACCAAAUACCAGGAUGAUGAACUGUACGCCGCAGGCGAGUUCACCAACCAAAGCCGUCGUGCCGAGGGUGUUGAAACAUGGGUGGAACGCAAGGACAACACCGAAAACGACGACGUCGUUCUCUGGCACACAUUUGGCCUCACCCACAAUCCCCGCAUCGAAGACUUCCCCGUCAUGCCCAUGGAGCGCGUCAGUGUCAUGCUGAAGCCCGACGGCUUCUUCACCAAGAACCCUGCGCUAGACGUCCCACAGUCUUCCCAGUCCUUCAACAAGUCCACCCUCCACCCCGAGGCAGCUUCUUGCUGUGCUAAGCCAUCUGCAUCUGCUGGCAACAAGGCUAAGCUGUACAAGCGGAUGGAGUAA